AUGGGCUGCGUGUUGGUUCGCGCCUGCCUGACGAGCCCACGAAUGAGCCACCUUCUGCCACGACUGCACGCCUUUCUCUCGCUGAGUGGGCCGCAUCUGGGCACCGUGUACAAUCCCUCGGGUCUGGUCAACCUCGGCAUGUGGGUAAUGCAGAAGUGGCGCAAAUCGGACAGCCUCCUGCAGCUGCGUCUUCGCGAUGCACCCUCCAACCAGGCCCGAGACGCCUACCUCUACCAGCUGAGCCGACAACCGGGCUUUGAGCUCUUCCGCUACGUCCUUCUUGUCGGCAGUCCUCAGGACCGAUAUGUGCCCUAUCAUUCGACUCGCAUUGAAUUCUGCCGAGCCGCCCUUAAGGACACCUCGGAGCUGGGAUCUAUAUAUACCGAAAUGGUAAACAACAUCUUGCAAAGACUGAUAAAAUCACCGCGUACAACAGUGGUCCGCUACGACAUUCACCAUAGCCUGCCUAACUCGACGGAUGCCUUCAUAGGUCGAGCAGCUCACAUUGCAGUACUCGACUCAGAGGUCUUCUUAGAGAAAUUUAUUUGUGUCUCGGCUGCGAAGUAUUUCCGAUAA